CGCACGGCUCGGCAUCGCACGGCGGGGAGCGUAGCAGCGCGGUUCGGUCUCGGCACGGGCUCGACACAGCACGGCUUGGAACGGCUCCGGCAGCUCCCGAGCCAUUCAAACAAGUGGCUCCGGCAGCACUUUCGGACCCGGGGCUGGGGAGAGGGCGCAGCCCGGCUCCCUGCCCCGGAGGCGCCGGGCCCUUCACACUGCUUCUUUUCUCUGGCGCUCGCUCUUUAUUUGACGAUGAAAUAAUGUUGACAUGUCUUGAAUUAUUAAGUAUUCCCUGGAUUUUAUUAGCACAUGAUGCUUAAAUGCUGCCUGUAUCUGCUGGGGUCUUAACCAGAGAGGAGCGAAGGAGAGAGGCAGAGAGACAGAGCGAGGGAGAGGAGAGAGGGGGGUUUUUGACAGCUGUAUUUGUGCUGAUAAGCGAAGGCACACGGAGACGAUCGACUAGUGAGACAAGAGGGAAGCGGCGGCUCGGAGCUGCUGAGAGGGGCUGCGCUUCCCUCUCGAGACGGCUCGGCCCUCCUGGCGCCGUGCUGGGGUUUGGGGGAGACCCGAGCCCCCUCCCAGAGCCUGGCCGGGCUCUCAGCUGGUGCCCGUGCCAGGGGGCAGCUCGCUGGCUGGGCACGCCAGACACGCGGGGCAGAUGCCGAUUGAAAUCGUGUGUAAAAUCAAAUUUGCCGAGGAGGAUGAGAAGCAGAAGGAGAAAGAAGAAGGGGAUAAGGAGAGCCUGAUCGAGGAGCCCGCCCGGCCCCGCUCCCGGGACCUGGCUGCCUUUGCCAGCGCCAGCACCCUGCAUGGCCUGGGACACAUAUGCCAGUCAGGGCGUCUGGGCGUGCGCCAGACCCUCUGGGCAUUUGCUUUUGUGGCCUCGCUCGCCUUCUUUCUUUACCAGGCGGCCAAGUCUGCUCUGCUUUACCUGGAGCACCCCCACGUCAUGGCCCUGGACGAGGAGGCCAUUCAUGAGAUGGUCUUCCCCGCCAUCACCAUCUGCAACAUCAACCGCUACCGCCACUCAGCACUUACUGAUGCCGACAUCUUUCACUUGGCCAACAUGACUGGGCUGCCCCCCAAGGACCGGGAUGGCCACAAGGCCACAGACCUGCUCUACCCUGACCCCGACAUGGCUGACAUUGUCAACCGCACCGGCCACCAGCUUGACGACAUGCUCAAGAGCUGCAACUUCAGUGGCGAGAACUGCUCCUCUCGUGAUUUCACUGUGGUCUACACACGCUAUGGUAAGUGCUACACUUUCAAUGGGGACCGGAGGAACCCACGAGUGACUCGCCAGGGCGGCAUGGGCAAUGGGCUGGAGAUCAUGCUGGACAUCCAGCAGGAAGAGUACCUGCCCAUCUGGAGAGAGACCAAUGAGACAUCAUUCGAAGCUGGCAUCCGAGUCCAGAUCCACAGCCAAGAUGAACCACCCUACAUCCAUCAGCUGGGCUUCGGUGUCUCACCUGGUUUCCAGACCUUUGUGUCCUGCCAGGAGCAGAGGCUCACCUACCUGCCACAGCCAUGGGGGAACUGUCGGGCCAGCGUGCAGGGGGAGCAGACACUGCCCGGCUAUGACACCUACAGCAUCGCUGCCUGUCGCCUGCAGUGUGAGAAGGAGGCCGUGGUGCAGAGCUGCCACUGCCGCAUGGUCCACAUGCCAGGAAAUGAGUCCAUCUGCUCCCCCAAUGUGUACAUUGAGUGUGCUGACCACACGCUGGAUGCAGCGGUGGAGGACAGUCAGGAGCGCUGCAGCUGCCCCACGCCGUGCAACCUGACACGCUAUGGCAAAGAGAUCUCCAUGGUGCGCAUCCCCAACAAGGGCUCGGCGCGCUACCUGGCCCGCAAGUACAACAAGAACGAGACCUACAUUCGAGAGAACUUCCUGGUGCUGGACAUCUUCUUUGAGGCGCUCAACUAUGAAGCCAUUGAGCAGAAGAAAGCCUACGACCUUGCCGGGCUUCUCGGUGAUCCGGGACAGGGUGAGCAGGGUCCUGCGCCGCUCCAAACCACCCCUGAAGAAGCCCUCGGGCAGCAUUGCCACACUGGGACUGGAGGAGCUCAAGGACCAGAGCCCCUGCGAGACACUGGGCCGGCAUGUGGAGGGUGCCUACAACGCAGGCAUCCUGCCCAACCACCACCACCGCCACCACUACCCUCACCAGGCUGUCUUCGAGGACUUCGCCUGCUAGGACAGCUCGGGACUGGGGGGGGAACAGCCCCCCUGCCACCCCCUUCUCCCACCAUCUGCAUGGAGAGGGACCGCGGCAGGGGUGGGCCCCCACCUCCCCCAGCCCACCGCCGGGACCAGCCGUGCCGUUUGCCCCCGGUGAUGCCGCUGGAGCUGCCUUGGCAUUGACACCAGAGCAGCCCCCCAGCCCUUUUGCCUGUCCCCUCCGCUUGCCCCCAGCACACGGGCUCUGCCCUGUCUCAAGCACAUGGCAUGGAGGGGCACGGGCACACUGGGGAAUUCUGGGGAGCAGUGGGGUGCAGGGCAGAGGGGCCCUGGAGAUGCAGAACACGGAGGUCGUGAGCUGGGGUUCCUGUGAGCCCCUCCAAGCUACCCUCUGCUGACCCCUCCCGUAUGGGGGUCUCUGCCCUGCAUGAUCCUCCCCAGGAGAGAGAUAUGCCUGGAACAGCUUCCCUGUGCUCCAGAGACCACCACACCCCACUUUCCUGCUACAGAGCAGGGCAGCAUAGCAGGGCACCCCUCUGAGCAGAAUGGCCCCCUGGCCAGCCCAGGGACACCCUAUGUGCAGCCACACCUGCAUGGCACCACCCUGACCCCUGGAACCACCACCACUGUGACAUACCCCCAAAAAAACAUCUGCCCACCCUUCCCCAGCCUCACGCAGUCUGCCAGGGCUGCAGCCACCCCCACUGCUGUUCCCAGCCAGACCCCUGCACUGUGAUGAUCCCCCCCAACUCCAGUGUUGGCCCCCAGUAGCCCCCAGUGAUUGCAGCACUGCAACCCUUCUGCCUCCCCCCUCUCUUGGUCCCAGUCCACCAUGCCCCCCCAGACCUCCCUGUCCUCUCCUUGCCCAGGUAUUGCCCAAAGUGGCUCAUCCCUUGGUGCAGCUCCUUGGCUCAGCCCAGGCAGUGCAGGGGGGUCCUGCCCUCACUCCCUUGCCUCUUGCCAAAUUUUUGCACCAUGCACGUACCCCUUGCCACACUCCCAUCCCUGGGGUGCCAAGCACCCGCUGUGCCUCCCCCAGACUGUACAUGGUUAAGGAGGGUGUCCCAUGCCCAGCACCACCUGGACAGCCACAGCCCAACCCACUGGCUGAAGCCUCAGCCAGGACUGGCACCCACAGCCCUCCCGCCUGCCCCGAGAUGGCAGGACCCAUGGCAGGACCACAACAGGGCCCACAGCAGAAUCCACAGCACUCCUCCUGUCCUGACAGACAUUGCCUCCUCCCCCUCCACUGUAGCAGACACCAGCGCAGGGCAAACUGCCCCAAAAUAUCUCAGGAGGGGGGGUGGCUGGCAAAGCCCCCCUCGACACACACACACAGGAGAGAGGGGGACCCUGGAGCAGGAAUUUGAGACCUCUGGAGGAGGCUGGGAUUGGGCCAGGCAACCCCUGAUUCUGCUGAUUUGGUGCCCAUCCCCAGUGCCCGCAGACAGAACACGGCUGUGCUGGCCGUGGCAAAGCCAUAGGUGCAGGAGGAGCCAUCAUCCUUACAGCCCCCAAGGCCCCAUGCAUCGGGGGCUCGUGAUGUCUUUGGCAGCCCUGGCUCUGGGUACAUACAGCCCAACAGCCCCCCAAAAUAAGCAUCCACGUGGAAAUGUGUUUCCCAUUGGUGCAAGCACCUGGCAGCAUGGCGUCCCAUGUACCCCUGCACAAAGGGACACAGAAAGCAUCCCAGCAGGGCAGGCACAGUGCUGCUCCCUGAGGACCUCCUCCACAGCACCCCAUGCCAGCGCUCCACAGGGUCCCCCUGCACCCACCACCCAAGUGCAAGCUGCAGUGUCCCCACAGGGGUGACAUGCAUAAGCCCGGGGAUGUGCCCUGGCCAUGCCAGCCAGUCCUACAUCAACGUUUCCUGUGGCAAGCAAGGGGGUGCAGGAUGUAGCCCCCUCCCAUCCAGCAGGAGCAGCAAGCCCUGAGCAGGGUGGGCACAGGCACCAUGGUGGGAAGGCUACUGAACGUGAGAGAUGUGUGUCACUGUUUUAUAAAUGUACAAAAGCUCCCUAAUAAAGAGG